AUGGAAACAGAAGAAGCAAAGAAGCAUUGUGGAAGAAAGGAAGGAGAUAAAACCAACAUCGUAGUAGUUGUAGACCGAAUAUCAGAACUACCCGAUCCUCUAAUACAUCACAUCCUCUCAUACCUUCCCGCCUAUUACGCUGUUCGAACUAGCAUUCUUUCGAAGCGCUGGAGAAACAUGUGGAUUUAUGUUACUGUCUUAUGUUUUGAAGAGUUCAUGGAUGUUACUUUAAAAAAUAUGUUCCAAAGUCGAUGGAAGAUGGUCUACAAUUUUGUGAGCAACUGUUUGAUAUACCGCAAGCGUUUUAUGGAACUUUCUGAAAUUGUUACAUCCAUAACUAGACUUAAGCUGAAGAUGCAAUAUCGUUCUCGAAGCAUAGGUAAAGAAAAUGUAGACAAUUCGCUGAAUAUUGCUGUUGAAAGUAAUGUAAAGGAAUUAGAUGUCUGUAUGAUAGAAAAUUCGAGAGCUAGCUACCCCUUAGCUCACUCAAUUCUUUAUUCAAGAUCGUUAACAAUCCUUAAGUUGGAAAAACUGUUGCUGUUAGAUGUCAAUUUGCCUGUAAGCCUUCCCUCUUUGAAAGCUCUCUGUUUGGAUAAUGUGGUUUGUUAUGAUAACUCGCUUCAAAAUCUAAUUUCUGGAUGCCCUGUCAUCGAGGACUUGAGUCUUACAGCUUUGGAAUGUCCUCACCACCAAUAUGUGGCUCUUGUUGUUGGUGGAAAACUUUAGAAAUCUCACAUUAUGUGGCUUGUGGUUUACUAACCAGCACU